CAUGUCUCCAACUUCCUAUGCAAAAUGUUGCUUUAAAACCUGUGGCAACACAUUACUUUCUAGUUUUCUUGCUGUGAGGCUUGCAGUGUUGAAGCAGAAUGGCAGACACCUAUGUGCGACAUGUGGAGCUUUUGGGCUUCGAGAAAAGGUUCUAUCCAAGCCAGCAUUAUGUUUACAUGUUCUUGGUGAAAUGGAGUGACCAGUCAGAGAAGUUAAUUUACAGAAGAUAUCCAGAAAUCCACACGUUCCAUAAAACUCUGAAAGAGAUGUUUCCGAUCGAGGCAGGAGACAUUGAUGCUAAAGACAGAAUUAUUCCUUCUUUACCAGCUCCAAAAUGGCUGGACUCCCAGAGGACAACAGAGACCAGGCAAGGAACUUUGGCCGAAUACUGUCGCUCUCUGCUCAACUUGCCACCAAAGAUCUCCCGUUGUCAGCUUGUGCGAAGCUUCUUCAAGGUACGGCCAGAAGAUGAGACCCCACCAGCUCCACAUCCAUUCAAACGAAACGAGACAUACGUAAUGACCAGGGAUAGAGUGAGGACCACCACCUCUGAAAUCACUGGGCCUGUUAUGUUGGACAGCUACAGGGUGAUUGCAGAUUACAGCAAGAGUUCGAAAUAUGAGCUCAACCUGAAGGCAGGAGACUUGGUUGAUAUUGUGGAGAAGAGUCCUAAUGGCUGGUGGUUCUGCCAGUAUGAGACACAAAGAGGGUGGGCUCCAGCAGCUUAUCUAGAACCACUUGAUGGACCUGAUGAGAGGGAGGAGCCUGAGCCCAACUAUGCAGGAGAGCUGUAUAAAACCACUAAAGCCUACAAAGCAGUGGAGGAUGAUGAACUAACUCUGGAGGUUGGAGAAACCAUUGAGGUCAUCCAUAAGCUUCUGGAUGGCUGGUGGGUGAUCAGGAAAGGAGAGGAAACAGGCUACUACCCAUCCAUGUUCCUGUGCAGAACAGGACAGAAGAAGGAAGUGGAGGCUGAGAAGGACAUUGUGAGGAGGGAGACCCCACCACCCAGGAGAUCGACUAUACGCAAUGCUCAGAGUAUCCAUGCCAAGGGCCGCCAGCGAAUCAGCCAGGACACCUACCGUCGUCAGAGUCGCCGGUUCUUACAGCAGCGAGGAAGACUCCCAUCCCAGCCAAGGAAGAACUCCAGAGCCGCUCUGGUGGAAAAGAACGGUGAUACAGCAGCUCCCUCUAAGGAUGAAGCAAAGAAAACUCCGGUUAUCCCUCCUCGGCCCAGCCAAGAGCUAAUCAUGGAGCGCUGCACGGAGAACACCCGCAAGAGAAUUAGCAUCCACGCUAACUGAGGGGGGAUUUGACAUAAUUCUCACAUAAACCCAACCAAACAGAUCCAUGGCUGUUGUAUGGCUUCAUUAUAGGUUGUAUGGCUUAAGGCAAUGGCUCUCAAUACUGACUCUUACUGGAGUGCUCAUAUACCACACAGUGUUUUCAAUGCAUCUGUUUUAUUCCAUCUUAAUUUAUCAAACUUUUGUGGCUUGAGAAUGUGAACUGUGGUGUGGUGUGCUAACCCCACACUGUGUGAUCAGGGCACUGCAGAUCUGGCACUGAAAUCUAGUGUUGGUAAAAGCCUUGUGGAAAUUCUUAUUUCUGUGCUUCAAUGUUGUUUUUUAGCUGUUCAGGCUAACAGACUAGCUAACAGACUAGACUUCAGGCUAGAAAAAGUACAUAGCAAUGUUAAGCACUGUCAAAGUUGACUUGGCUGUAUAGAAUAGCAUACUUUAGAUAAGCUACUUUUAUGUUUUUUCUUUUGUAUAUAUCUUUAUAUAUAAAGUUGUGCAUUUGUUCUAAUAAAAACAGAAAAUCUUUA